AUGGCUACACCACCACCACCACCACCACCAUUGCCGCCGUUACCAAGCAGACCAUCAUCUUGUCCUGUUCCGGCCAUCGAGCAUCUCUCAUUGAACGAGCGUGAGGACGACCCACCGAUCGCUUCGACGUCGACUGCACCACCACCUGCACCACCAACUGCUUCGUCAUCAAAGGCGAAGGGGCAGGUCCGCAGAGGUCCUCCCAUUACCUAUCGGAGAUACACCGGGGAAGAAGUCAGUCACGAACUAAGAAGGUUCCCAUCUGGGUGCUCCGUUCAUCUGACCUGGGAUCCUACAGGACAUUCCGCUCAUCAUCGCGCUGGUCGAGACCGAGUUGUCCGAGCCGUACAAUUGGUACACGUACCGUUAUUUCUUACAAGAUUGGUCAGUCGAGCUACCGAGCUUUUGCAGAGGUCUUGAGUGGGCGUUACCCCUUGUGGCUGACUAUUUCAAGUUUUCGCGCCGACGUCCUCAGGCCUCAUCUAUGUUUCUUCGUACGUAACCCCCAACCCUCCUAGCCUCAAAGUUGCCCCUGAUCUCAUCAAAGAGACGCUCUCAACACAGGCCUACAUGGGUGAUGCCCCGAUAGGCACGAUCGUGUGCAAGCAAGACCUGCACAAGAAGGGCCUCGAGAGGGGUUACAUCGCCAUGCUCGCAGUGGUGAAGAGUUGUAGGGGGCGAGGAGUCGGUGAGUGGUUGCAGAAGGGGGGGAGGGCGGCGGAGAUAGAUGAACCACCUAACCGAUCUAAUUCAUGUGGUGCGUUCGUGUGUGGUCCGGUCCGCAGCGACGAGAUUGGUUCAGUUAUCGAUCACCGAGAUGGUCGCUUACCAAGCGCAAGAAGUCAUGCUCGAAACCGAAUUCGAUAACGUCGCCGCUUUGACCUUUUACGAGAGGCUCGGUUUCUUCCGCGAUAAAAGGUUGUUUCGGUUUUAUCUGAAUGCCAAGGAUGCUUUUAGGUUAAAGUUGCCCUUGGCGGAGAGGGAGACGGAGAGGGAGGAGAUGGAGUAUAGAGCGCGAUUGGCGAGGAUCGGGGUCGAUGAAGAGCUGACGGAGAGUUUGGAGGUGUGGAAGAGGUGGAAGGAGGGGACGUGGGUGGAGGAGGGGGAGGGGAGAAAGGGGGAAGGGAAACGGGAGGAAAGUGCAAAGGGGCCUGAGAACGAGCAGGGUACGAUACAGGAAUCUAGUGGCGCCCAUAAGCGGUCCGAAGCUGCGAAUACCUGA